AUGGCCUCGCCAACUAUCGUCGCCUCGAUUGCGGCACUGACACUUGCCACGUGGGCGGUGUGGCGCCGGUUCUUUACCCGCCCCGCAAACUUUCCCCCUGGUCCCUGGGGUCUCCCAAUUGUGGGGAACCUGCACCAAAUUCCUCAAGGUCUGCCGUUUCUCGCCUUCGAUGGAUGGGCUAAGAAGUGGGGCCCUAUUGUCGGCUUCAAGCUUGGCUCACAAAACGCGGUAGCCCUGCAUGAUGCCGCCCUCGUACACGAGCUCAUCGUCAAGAAGGCGACAGUAUUCUCGGCGCGGCCCCCGCGAUACGUCGCCCAAGAGCACGUAAUUCCGGAGGGGAAGCACAUACAUCCUGUGUUUAUGAACAAUGACUAUGCCAUGCGCCUCCGCGCUGUUACCAAAGACUACCUAAGCGGCGCGGGACUCUUUAAGUUGGCCCCUAUGGCCAAGGCGAUCGGUAUGCGCCUGGUAUACGAUAUAUAUCAAUCGGACGGGGACUGGGCGGAUGACCUGGCGCAAUGGGCCAUAACAACACCGGUUGCUCUCAUGACCGGCGCGCCCGUCAAGGCAUUCGGAGACAACUUCACGCACGACUACCACCAGAUGACAAUCGUGUUCGAGGAGAUCAUGGUCUCUGGCGCAGCCGACAUCAUACCCUUCUUGCGCUGGGUCCCUGCCGUACUGUCUGACUGGAAGCGCCGGGCACCAAGUAUCCGCAAGGCUGUCCUGCAGGCUUACGACACUUUGAUGAGUGUGGCCAAGAUAGAGCAUGGCGGCUCGUUCCGGGGUCUCAUCCCCGCACUACUCAGCCAAUCCGCCGACCCGGCCACAGCACCUGAUCUGCGCAUGUCGGAGACGGAAAUCAAAAUCAUGAUGGGUGGACUGCUCGAUGCCGGAUUCGCCUCCACCGUUGCGACCUUCGAGACAAUCGUACUUGCCCUCACCAAGCACCCAAACGUACUGCGCAAGGUACAAGCCGAGAUCGAUGAAGUGCUCGGGGCAGGCGACGAAGUGCUCCUACCCGAACAUAUCGACCGUGCCCGGCUGCCGUACCUACAUGCAUGCGUGAUGGAGGUGCUCCGGUGGCAUGCUCCCACCCCCAUCCCCCUCCCGCGCGAGGUGGAGGCUGAUGUCGAGGUGCGCGGGUACCGCAUCCCCAAGGGCACCACAGUCAUGACCAACGUGUGGACCAUCCAGCGCGACCCGGAGUUCUAUGACGACCCUGAAAGCUUCAUCCCCGAGCGCUACCUCCGCAACCCCCUCGGCAUCAAGGACGGAACCUCGACUCAGAACCGUAAACCCUUAUAUACAUUUGGCUUUGGUCGGAGGGAGUGCCCGGGCAAGGACUUUUUCUUUCAGCAGAUGGAGAUCACCAUGGCGCAGCUUAUUUGGGCUUUCGAUUUCGUGCCGACCGGGCCGCUAGAUACCGAUGAUCGCACCGGCUUCGUGUUUGGGGUCGCAUCCCGGCCGAACCCCUUAAAUAUGAAGUUUAUCCCACGGCGGAGCCCGGACACUCUGUUGGCGGAAAAGAGAAAGGCUGAUAUCGCUCUGGACAAGAUUCUCGGCUUUUAA